GUGGACAUCACAGUGACCGACACCAGCAGCCAGCAAGUCGUUUGCGACGUUAAAGAGCUCAUGUUGGGGAUAUUGAUGCAGGUCCAUCCUCCGGGACCAGGCUUUGGAAUCUUCAAUGGGAACCUCUUGUCAAGGAUGAAAAUAAGGCAGAGCAAGAGCCUGCCACAUACAAAUAUGUGCUGGUCCUUCAUGACGAUGAAAGCUUUGCCACAACAGUGAGUACAACCCUAAAGACCACUCUGGGUUGUACAGUUGACAUAAUGAACCAACAUGCCCUGUCUGAAAGUGAAGAUAACAGUAAGAUUCUGAUUGACACAACGCAAACCCAUGAAGAUUUCGAUCACAUCAUUGUUCUGUAUGAUUCUGCAAAGCAAGAGCAAAAUGAUGAUUCAGGAGGUCGUCACGUUGAUCAAGUUGUAAGGUCUUUUAAAUGUCUUGUCACAUUUAAGCACUUUUCACAACUUGCUCUCCCCCCAACGCUUUGGAUAUUUACAUGUGGAUCAUCAUCGGUCCAGGAGCAGGACAUCGUGAGCCCGUUCAUGGCAGGUACAUCGUCUCUGUGCUUAUCCAUAUCACAAGAAUACCCACAGUUCGUGGUUAAGGCAGUUGACCUGGCACUACACCAAAACAUUGCCGAUGCAGCUGCGCAAGUUUUGUUCGUAUUGCAGGCAAAUCCUAGGGAGAAUGAAAUUGCAGUUCGCAUGGUUAGCUCCCCGGGCGAUAAGCAAGUCAACCUAUACGCGCGGAGACUGAGCGCGAUGAAACCUGACCAGAUUCUCACGAAAUGUCCUCCUAGCGAGUCAUGGGUAUUUGACUCCAAACAAAGGCAAACUGGGAAGAAACUCUACAAAUCACAAUCCAGCCAAAGCGCACCAAAGAGAAAUGAAGCUACAGUUAAGCUUGUGGCCUUUGCUGUGUGCCCCUUUGCAGACAUAUUGGGAAAGCACGAUGGACGCGCCCACGACAUCCACCUCAUCUGUGGCACUGUACAUCACCCACCCACAGAAAUGAUGGUACAGGAAGGAGCAAGAGUGAUGGGAGUCGUCAUGGGCUGCAUCAGUCCUCAAAUGAACAUACAGAUGAGAAACCUAGUGCCCAUACCGGGUACCCUGUCUUGGGGAGAUGCAGUUGCAAUAGUCAAAUACUUCUUGCCAGCAUUUCCCUUCUUCCAGAAGAUUCAGACAGUAUGCAAAGAAGAUACAGUGGUUGUUUUCCUGGCUGAUGAGGGCAACAAAGAGUCACUGGCGUAUGCCUCCCUGGCACUACACCAAAAGGCCAAGGUCUGUGUUGUUGCAGAUACAGUUCACAAUGCAAACAUCGAACAUAUUGUCUGCACAACAGGAUCCCACCCACCUACAUCCUCAGCAUUGAUCACUACGUACGACAAGGUUGACCAAGACAUACCAGACAAACAUGCAGGUGUGGUGUUCUUACCUAAAGGAGAUAAGGCAGGAGAUGUCCUCCAACAAGCUACGAGGAAGUUGCGAGCCUAUGGAGUUUUAGUCAAUUUGGGUGGCUCGACAAUCCUGAUGGACCAAGUUCCUAAAAGCAUCAAAUACAUCACUGUCGAUCCUCUGGAUGGUUGCCAAGGAGAAUCAUCACUUUUUUGUAUGGUGGACAACAUCCAACAGCUUCUAUCAGACAAUACACUGUCCUCGCUCACACCAUCUCUGAAAACUAACAUGGAACUAUCCUCUCUGUCCCACAUAUUGCACCAACAACAGAAAGGAUUCCAGAUACCCGAAAUAGUAACCAUCGAUGGCAGGGAAGUACAGUUGGGCCUAGACAUCAAACAGAACCAGUUUAAAGCUGGCAACAAAGCUACAUACGUUGUCACAGGAGGUCUGAAGGGCUUUGGUCUCGUCCUACUGGAAUGGCUGGCUAACUCUGGGGCAAGCCAUCUGGUUGUCCUCGCAAGAAGUGAACCGAAUGAAGAAGCCAGAAUAAAGCUGGAAGAACUGUCUACAAGGUGUGUUGAUGUCAAGGUGAUGAAAGUGGAUGUUACCGACAAGAACGCUGUGGAAGAAGCGCUGACUUGGGUGCGUGAUACAAUGCCACCAAUAGAGGGGACCUUUCAUUGUGCAGCAGUAUAUGCAGACAAAUUGAUUGAUCAGACUACACAAGAGGACUGGGAAAGAGUCAUGCUUCCAAAGGCUGUUGGUGCCAUAAUCUUGCACGAGGUCACCAAAAAGCUACACAUCAGGCUUAAACACUUUGUCCUCAUCUCCUCAGUCGUUGCUCUGUUUGGUAACACAGGACAGGUCGGCUACUGUGCAGCUAACAGCACUCUGAUGGCACUGGGGGAAGCGAGACGGCAAGAAGGGCUGCCUGCAACAGUCGCCAGUUUUGGAGUUAUCAAUACCGUUGGAUUUGCUGAGAGAUCCGGUCUUGUCAAAUUGUGGGAGAGAAUGGGUGUACAAAGCAUGUCACCACAUGACGCAUUGGAAAUCCUUGGGUGCAUGAUUGAAAAUGAGUAUCCCCAUUUUGGGAUCACCGCCACCUUUGAUAUUCGAAAAUAUUGCAGUGCUCAUAAGUCGAUGGUACUGCAACACCUUCAGGCGGCUGACAACUGCUUUUCUCGAUUCACAACAUUGGUACCAAAUGACGUGUUCAGUGGUUCGGUGUCCCUUUCGGACAAAGUUCUUGCUUCAACUAAAGACAAAGGCCUUCUGAUCAUACAGGAAGAGCUGAUAACCCACUUAUGCCAACAGCUUGGUAUUGAAGACCCGACUGAAAUCACCGUCGAUACAAGUCCAGUAUCACUCGGGCUGGACUCUCUGUUGUCGGUGGACAUGAGUAACGACAUAGCAGACAGGUUUGAGGUGACAGUUACAUCCGUGGAACUCCUGAGUGACAAAAUGACCGUCAAGAUGCUCAGUGAAUCCAUCCAUGACAAGAUGGUCAACCAAGCUGGUAAACAGGGAACAGGUUCCCUCAUCCCAGAGGUAUCCGCUGAAGGAAACUCUUGGCUUCAUUUCUUUGGUAAACUCCAAGACCCUAUUCUUACUCUGGUCUGCUUCCCUGCUAAUGGUGGAGGUCCAUCCCUCUUUCAUCAGUGGGGAGAACAUUUUGCCAAAAACAACAUCGAGGUUGUAGCCGCCACUCUGCCGGGCUGGGAAAGCAGAGAAAAGGAAUCUCCUAUCAGUAGUCUACAGCAAUUAGUUGAGGUACUUGGGAGUCACAUAAUGGAGACGCUGAUGCAUGACAAAAGGAUGGCAUUUUAUGGUCACAGCAUGGGAGCACUCAUAGCAUUUGAGGUCGCACAUUUGCUCCACAGUAAAGGCAGUACAUGCCCUUCCCAUCUAUUUGUUGGGGGAUGGUAUGCUCCAUCUCUACCCUAUCCACAUCCGCUAGAACUGAGGGUAUCACCCACCUUGUUUGAUCCCUUAACUGGAGCACAACAGAUGAUGGAAGAGGCUAAAACAUUCUCCUUCCUACCAGAAUCUGUCGUUAAGAACCCUGUCCACCUGCGACGUCUGUUGCCAUGUAUCCAGUCAGGGAUAACAAUCUGCAAGUCUUACAUCUACGAGCACAAUGAAUCACUACCAUGCAAUGUCAUUGCAUUCGGCGGCCAGGAUGACCCAUUUGUCUCCCCAGAUCUUCUUGACAACUGGGAGCUUGUUGCAUCCGAUUCACCAGCCUCAAGACCAGCUUUCAGGAAGUACAUUGUGCAGGGUGGGCAUUUUUUCAUCACAACGUCAAGACAAGAGAUUCUCAACAAACUAACGACUGUCCUGCAAGAAGACAAUGUAAUCAUUCAACCAUCAGACCAAAAUCAAAGAUAUACAUCCAGCGUUGUUCACACAGAAACGAAGCCGUCCUCAGCAAUGGUUUCCAGUGCUCUGUCUCCCGUGAAAUCUACAACAAUCAUUCACAAGGCAGCUGCAUAUUUUCGGUACCAAAUAAAACAUCCCGAAUUCAACGCCAAAAAUCUGUACGUCAUGUUUCGUACGCAGAACAUCCCCGUUGAUAUCGACAGCUGGCGAUCCGUCUUUGCUCAACUGAUGGAGCGCCAUGAGACACUGAGGUCAACCUAUCACGUGUCAAGUGAGGUGCAACACCCAACUGGGGCUGAGGCAAGGUACUACAACAAAAUUGAAGGUGCCACAGACAUCGAAGUACUGACUGGAUAUCAACCAAAGGAGGCUGAAGAAGUGGUGUACCAGAGAACCAAAGUGCCAUUCCAACUUGACAAGGAGUACCCAACAAGGUGCAUUGUUGCUCCCACUGGAAAUCGGAGUGCCGUGAUCGGACUUGUCGUACAUCACAUCUCAACAGACACAACUGGCUUCAACAUACUGUUCAAGGAAUUUGGGGAAAUCAUGCGGGCACACUUCAAGAAGAAAACACUUCAGAAGCCGAUGACAACCCUCACGUACUGUGAUUUCAUACAGUUCUACUACAACUACCUUCGACAGAACCAGAAGGAGCUACAAGAUUUCUGGAGAACAGCCCUGCCUCUUCAUGUUCCAUCCAUCAACCUCCCAUUUGCCAAGCCGAGACCGACAAUCCUCCAUACAGACGUUGGCUCCAUACAGGUUGAUCUUUCCAAGGAACAUGUUCGCAGCCUUAUGGAAUAUGCAAAGACUGUUGGCACCACAGUGUACAGCAUCAUUGCGACCACCUAUCAACUUUUGCUACACAUGUACACAAACCACGAUGAUAUUGUGAUCGGAUGCCCAUUCGACAUGAGAAUGUUAGCUCCGCAGUUCUCCAACGUCCAUGGCCUCUUCCAGCACUCUCUGCCAUUGUGUACCUCCUUCAAGAAUAAGGAACAAUCCUACCAGCAAACGGUUCAAAUGUCAUCCCGCAAGCUGCAAGAAUGCAAGAAAUACGGGAUGUAUCCCUUAGAGGAGAUCAUGAAAUUGGUGUCGUAUGAGAAACAUCCAACGAUGGAUCCCAUCAUGCAACAUAAAGUUAUUCAGAAUGACCAAACUGGACUAAACAAAAUGUUCAAUGGCUCCACCGGCAAAAGGAUAACCUUACUAAGAAAGGGCUAUCAUGGCUCUACCAAUGACUUCGUGCUCCACCUGUUCCAAGACACCAACACAAAAUCUCUCAGCUGUAGCAUCAGAUAUUCAAAGUCCUUGUUUGAUGAAGAGGUAGCACAGUGCGUGGUGGAUGACUUUGUCACUUUGCUUUCCACGUGCCUGAAGAACCCAGCAUGGAGUAUUUCAAAAAUCCUCCAUGCCUUGGAAAUGACAGCCUUAAAGUACAAGCCUGAUGAGGUUCAUUGCAAGAACAAUGAUCAGCUCGAAGAACUUGAGACCAUUCAUGGGUGUUUCCGUCUCCAAGCAACACGGAACCCUGCAGCUCGCGCAGUCUCCUUCAAUGGAGCUGAUGUCUCGUACCGAACCCUCGAUAAACAGUCAGAUCAUCUAGCCUCCGUACUGAGUGACAUGAAGUCAUUCCUGAACAGCAAAGAUGAUUUGGUAGCCAUUUACCUGACAGAAAACCAGUACGUGGCACAGGUGCUUCUGGGCACCUGGAAGGCUGGUCUUACCGUGUGUCCCUUGCCUUUGGAUUUGACAAAAGACACCGUUUCUGGAUUGACUACAACAUGCCAUAUAGUGGCAAUUGUCACCGAUCAGGUAACUACUGUAGCGAAGCUGUUUCCAACACGGCUGCGUAAGUGCAUACUCGACGUUGAGAAUAUCUGGGAUGAUGCAAGGGACAACCUUUCAACACCAUGGCCACCUUGUCAAUUCCAAGUUUCCAAGUAUGCCUUUGUGAUGACAACUGUCAGCAAACCUGCAAGACUCGUCAGAGGCACCCAUGCCGGAUUGUUCAACCGACUCAAGACAACAUGGCAAGAGUUUCCAUACCAGGUCAAUGAGAAUUGCUGUCUCAAAUCUCCUCUUGGUGGCCGAGUAGAUGCUCUGCUAGAACUCUUUGCCCCUCUUUUACAGGGAGUACCAGUGGUCAUCAUCCCAACGGCUCUUCUCUUUUGCCCUGUUGAACUGUUGGAAUUUAUCUCUAAGUACAAGAUAACAAGGCUUCAUGGUGUACAUAAAAAAUUCUGGAACGCUCUACUUCAGGAGCUAAGAAGCACUCCAAGAGGGAAUAAAUGGAAUAAGCUGUCACUCAAGUACAUAUUCACCGACGCAUGCAGCACCAAAUCAAGUACAUUGAGUGAGAUGUCACGGGCAUUUCCACGUGCAACUAUCGUCAGCACGUACAGCACCCUAGAAGUGUACUCUGGUGGGUUGAUCGUCAGUGCAACUGAGUCAACCGUUUUCAACGAGGGCCCGAUUACAAUGAAACCAAUGAACAAUACCAAGAUCAGCGUGCUUGGAGACGAUGACAACGGACAAGGAACGCUCUGUGUUUCUGUCCCUGAACUGUCAGACAAUCUGCAGGAACUCUCAACAUUGAUCAUCGUCAAAGAUGGCAUCCCCUACUACAUAACUGAAAUGCAAGUGUCUUUGACACGAUCAGGAAUGAUUACACUAGUGAAAGAAUGUGAAAAUGGCGACAGUAAGGAGGGCUCAGCAACAUCAGACAGCCUUGACUCCCCCAAGCAACUGACCCAAAACUCCAGUCCAGAUGAGCCACGAGCACUUAACUAUGGCGUCCUGCAGAUGCUCCGGAAAGGUACUAUGGUGAAGAAGAUGACCUCCACAGGAUGGGCCCACAAGAAGCAUCUCCAGUUGGUGGUGGAGAAUGACUCGACGGCAAACCUUCUGUGGGGCUCGAACAACAAAACCAGACAGCUUUCAGUCUCAAGCAUCUCCGAUAUCCAGAGUUCCGCAGUUGGAGGAAAACCCAGUCUCCAUUUAAUAACUGAGAAACGUGACUUCACAUUCAUCUUCAACUCCAAGGAGGGCAUGGAGAGCUGGAGGCAGACCUUGUGGACUCUCGUUAACACAGCGUUAGAUGAAGAUUCAGAGAGCGAAGACACAUACCUUUAAUGGUUAUACCAAUAUUGUAUUGUUCACACUUGGCAGAAACAAUGUUGUAGUCAGCAAUGUUGUAGCGUGCAUGCAUUUCGUGGCAUAUACUAGCACUAGCAACACUUUAAUGGAAUUUAAUGCUUUAUCUAGGUAAUAGGAUAUAUAAUGUUAGUAAUAAGAUUGCUCCUGACCAACAGAACAUAAUCAACGUGGUCUAUACUAUGUUUAUCUUUGCCUCCGUGAAGAGAGGUAUUGUUUUCGGUGUCACUGUUUGUUUGUUAUUUGUUUUUAACAUUUUAAACUGGAAAUUCUUUUGGAUAAUGUACUCAAGGUACUGAUAUUAAUGCAUACAUCAUGGCAUAUGGUAUAUAACCUAUAAUAAUCAGUAUCCUAGCAACCGAUUACUGUUUCACAUUUAACAUGAAAGAAUUACUGAAAGGAAAUACCAAAGGUGUACAAUAUUACGAUUUUGUGUUAAGAACUACAUAUGUAUCCUUGACUUUAUAUGGGUUUAUAAGGUACUACAUGUAGUAUGUGUGUCCAUGUUUUAGAUAUUUAUAAUGGUAUCGAACUGUGCUGAAGCCACCUUCGUGUGGCUUUGCUAUUCUCUUGAGCACCACAUUUAUCUGAAAGGUAUGAGAAACAUUUACAAGAUUUUAAUCCUUGGUGUAUACGAUAUCAAAGAUAAGAAAAUCAACAUGUAGAGCCAGCACAGCCUACGAAGUGUAUCUUGUACAUGUCCACUAAUAUUUCAAAAUCGCUAUACUAUACAUAUCUUGUACUGGGAUAAAGCGUGUGCCGUUAUUAAGCAAGGACGAUACUUCAAGUGAACGUGAACAUGUAAGAACGUGCUAUCUCCAAACAAUGGUGCAUAUGUCUUACUGGAAAUUUUCAGCUCAAACUUUCUUUUGAAAUACUAGUAGUUUUUCAAGAAAUGUAUUUACCCGUAGCAUGUCAUAUUAUAUAAUCGUAUUCGUAUAGGAAAUUGUGUAAUGUUACAUUCAAUCUACAUUUUCUUGUAUACUACAGUAUACAACGUUUUUUUCUUUUACAAUUAUAUCUACGUUUCCGCCCUCAUAAAAAUAUCUUAAUCAAGCCACAUUUCAGUAUAGUCAUUGUGAACAGUCGUAUUUUUACAUUUGAGUUACAUUAACUGGCAAAUUUGUUGAAGCCUACUUUUUUCUAGAAUAUCAUGCAUGUAGCCAUUUUCCCUUAUCUGCCCAAUGUACUAUCAUGAGACUAUUUGUAUGAAAUGGUGAUGGGAUUAAUAUGUUUUUCUUUCAAUAAAUGAGUACGU